UUCCUUGCAAGGACACAGACUCACAGUCAUUAAAAAACUAGACCAGCAGGUUUUUUGUAAUUGGACAGGAAGCAUGUAAAGAGGGAUGUACAUGAAAACAGAGAAAGGGAAGUAAAGUGCAACUGUGCCUAUCUCUUUAGUGGCAGCGCAGUGGGGACUUCCCUUUGCAGGAGAUCAAGAGGCUCUGGGCGGGCCGGAAGGAGCGCCGGACCAACUGAAGGAGGAGUCUGAAGAGAACCAGUGCCAGCCGAAGGGAGUGGCUCAAACAGGCUUGGCAGAUUUGUUUUGUCUUCAGCUGUGAAAGAACACAGGAGAACAGGGAUCUGUCUUUCACUUUGGUCAAUUUCUUGUGGAGUGUGUCUGAAACCUCCCCGCUGAUGCCAUGGAUAACAUCCAGACUGUCCUGCGUUUCUUCAUGAACCAGAAAUCCACCAUUGGCUACAGCUUCAUGGCUCUCAUGACUGUAGGUGGGGAGCGAGUCUUCACCCUGGUUUCCUUUCAGUGCCCGUGCAACCACGACCAGAACUUUGCCUACGGGCUGACCUUCCUGCUGGGCCCGGCUGCAGUGCUGCUGGUUUUGGGUCUCUUGUUCACCAGCAGGCUGUGGAGGCUCUACACUGGUUGCUGCCUCAACCCCAUGAAGCUGUGCCCCCGUGGGAACUGCUUGGGCCACCUCCGGGUGUUGAUGAGCAUUUUCUGUGGAGCUUGCGUGGCUCCUGUAAUGUGGCUCUCCGUGGCCCUGCUCAAUGGGACCUUCUAUGAGUGUGCGGUCAGUGGUCUGGAUGAUAACCUGGUGGUGGACCUGUUCUGUAAAAACAAGACAUUGGCGUGUCGGGAGGAGCUGGCCCGAGUGCCCUGUGAUCGCUCCAAACUGUCCACCGAUGAGCGCAUGGAGCUGCUGCUCAUGUUCAGGGCCCAGUCCCAGAUCCUGGGCUGGUGUGUGAUCAUCACCGCUGUCGUCGGGGGCCUCCUGGGUACCUGCUACAAAAACUGCCGCUCCAAAGUCAGCUUCCUGCAGCUCACCUUCUGGAAACGCUACAUGGAAAAAGAGAAGGAGCGCUUUGAUACUCUCGCUGUGGAAUACGCCACCAAACUGGCCGACAGAAACCUGCAGAGCUUCUUUGAGAACAAGGAGCCUGCUCCGUUCCCUUUCCCCAACCACAGCGCAUGGGAGGAGAUCUCUGCAUACUACACCUUCACCCAGAGCGAGCAGUGCUACAGCACCCUGCAGCGCUAUGUGGAGAGGACAGACAGGGACUUCCCAGAGAACAAAUCUGUGUUGGACGUAGAGUAUGGUGAAAGAGAUGCUCUGAGAAACAACUGACUGUGGUUCUGGGUUGGCUGCUGGUCGACUCUAUCAUGUUGUCCAGUCUGCUGCUGACCUGUGUGGCUCGGUGCACCUCCCCCAUCAGUUACCUGCAGAUCCGCUUUUGGAGAGACUAUGUUCACGAAGAGAGCAGCCUGAUG